UUCAGUUUCAGUCAGAAACAUCUUGUUUGCUUAAAAACUUUUAAAGAAUUAUCAUGCAAUACUGCUUUAUUGAUAAAGUGCCAAAUCAGAAGACGGUAGGUAUCUUAAGGCACUUUUCGUGAUAUAGAACAUGUCAAAGAGACAUAACAAAUGCAGAUUACAUCGAAUGGAUAAUGAAGCUUUGCCCGAAGGAGUGCCAAUUCUCUCAACUGCUGUAAUCCUGUCCUGGCACCAGGACAAAGUUUUUGUGUGAUUCAAUAAUUUCGUAAUUUCUUCAGUUUUCUCUACAACUUCUUGCCAUAAUAGUCUUAAAACUGUGUCAGUCCAAUGUUAUCCAUCUGGGUGUAUGGACACACUCCAGAAUUAGUCAUCUUGGAUGCAUUGUAAGGUCAAGGAAUGGUGUUCUGUUGUUGACAUUAUCGUGUUCAGAGGGUUAUUAAGAGGGACACCUCCCUUCACGAUGGAGUGUAAUUUCCUGAUAAAAUAGCUGGGUUGGUUUACACGAGUGUGAUGCAAUAUGAGUCAUUUAAGACUGUGUGUACAGUACUUACCUGUUUAGUUUUAACAACUUGUUCAGAUUUUAUUACAAUAAAACUGAUAAGAAACAGGGGGGAAAAACAUAAAGAUGGCAAAAACAAUGUGCAGCAGCUGUUUAUGGAAAGAUACCUGCAGGCAUCAUUUGCCUUAGCAAGUUUAGAACAUGUAUAUAACAAGUUUAGACCGGCAAUCCAGUCCCUAAGGGGGCUAUUUCCUAUAGCAAGAAAUGUUAAUUUUUACCAGGAUUGUUUCCUAUUACAGAUUAAGACCAUUCUUGACAUUUUUAAUUGCUUCCAGUAAAGAGAAAAUACCUUGAUUUGCUAUCUGAAGCCAUCUUGAGCACUGAUAGUCAUAAGAACAAUAAUGUUACCCUGUGCUAAUUUCUAUUUUUUUGUUAACAUAUUUGUGAUACACAUUUAUUAUAGCUACAAAAUAUUCAACAGAUAAUUAAUUUCAUUAUUUUUACUCUAUUUGAUGUAUUUUACGUCUCUGAUGAUGAAAUAUAGCUAACAAACAGCAAAGUUCUCCAUAUCAGCAGAACGCUUCUGGCUUGGAAUUCUAAAUAACAGCUAUGUUAACGGUUGUAACUGUUUUAUUAGGUGCACGUAACAGUUAACGUUACGGAUAAGCACGUUUUGAUACAUAUUGGUGUCCAUCUAUAUCACUCGAACUUGUCUUAACUUUUAUCUAUCUGGAGCUUUGACAGCUAGUUAGUUACUUCCAGAUAUCUCAAGGCAGACAAUUCAACAUGAGUCGGAGAUCAUCUGCUGUCAGAAGUCAAUCACUUGUGGAUUAUUCAGAAACAGACCUGAACAAACUCCAGCAGCAGUAUAGCAGGGCAGAGGCAUCCAUGCGGGCAUAUACAGAGAAAACCCAAGGCCUCAUCAUCAGGGACAGGCGAGAGAUUCAGAGGCUCCAGGAUGAACGUGAAGACCUUUUAUGCAGUCUCAGAGUGUCUCAGAGUAGUUUGAACCGUUGGGCUGAUGCUAGUGUUGUUCAAGACCUCACUGCCACGUUGGCCUGUGGAGUUGGAAUAGAUGAGGAACUGGAAGCAGAAAAAGCCAAAGUGGCAUCUUUGAAAGAUGAGAUUAUCAAAUGGGAGAGAAAGUUGGCAGGACAGAUAGCUGGUGGGGGAAAUGCACGUCGUAGUAUGAAAUCUGAAAAAAGCAACUUACUUAAAACCACAUGCUUAAUAGAAAACAAACUGUACAGGGGUCGCAAAUGCUUCAGUAAGCUGAUGACCAGGAAUGGAGAGUUGAGGGAGGAGCUGAAGACAAUGCAGGUGGAGAAGAAACAAUUCUUCCAUGUUCAGUCUCGGCUAGAUAAGGAGCUGCAUGCAAUUCGCAAGGAUAUUUGUAACCUGAUGACUAAAUGCACGGAAGCCUUCAAUGCCAGUGUGAAAAUCCAGGAAAAACAGAGGAUGCUGAUGGACCAGAAUGCUAAGGAUGUGACUCAGUACAUCAAAGAAAAGAGCAACCUGGAAUUAGAAAUCGCCCAUUACAGCAACUUUGAGGCUUUCCUAAACAUAAAGGCUAUUGCACGUGAAAACCAGGACAUCGGCCACAGACAAGUGGAGAAACAGCAAUUGGAGUCUAAGGAAUUGGGACUUGAAGAUUUUGAGGAUGCUAUCAAAAAAAUCCUCAGCGAGACAGAGGAAAGUGACCUUGACAAGCUGGUCAGGAACUUCAUACAAAUGGAGGAGCAGAACUACACUUUACUGAAAUUUGUCAACUAUCAGAACAAUGAAGUAGAGGCCAUUGGAAGGCAGAUCUCUCAGCUUUGCGAUGAGAGAGAGAUCUUUGUGGCUGAGGAGCAGCAGCAGCAGGAGCAGCAUCACGAUCUUCUGAUGAGAGUUUCCAUCAAGCAAGAGGCUACCGAGCAACAGCUGGCAGUUUAUCAACAACGUGUUGAGUUCAUGGAAAAGCUCCUAUAUCAGCUCAGAGACGGUCUUAAGAUAUUGCUUCAUAUCAGCUGUGGUAGCUCAGUGAUCUGCGGCCAAUUGGGUUCCUCUGGUGGAGUCCAGGAAGAAAACAUCAAAGAGAACAUGACAAUGGUGGAGGACAGAGUCAAUGAGCUUCUCACUCUGCAGUCCUAUCUUCAUUUCCAGGACAACCUUAGCCAGUGGGACAUUGACAGUCUUAGUACCACUGCUGAGCAGCUCCUGGGAAUAAGCCCCCCAGCUGUCAACCUGACCACUGCUGCUGCGACCCCUGCGCCCGAUGAUGACCCAGACUUGGUGGAGUCAGUGCUGCUGGAGGCAAAGGAGCCAGUGAGUAGAGCAGAUCUCUUGACACUGGUCAAUAAGAGGAUUCAGAGGAAAAAGAAGAGACUUACCUGAUGAGCCGGUGCUGCUCGGUAGAGCUGCCAUGAGGUCCUGCAUACUGAGCCACUGGAAACAAGUCUGUGCUGACCUUUUACAUGUUCCAAGAGCUAUUUUAUAGUAUGCUUUUUUUAGUGAAUGUUUAGAUAGACACAAUAUGGUGUAAAGCAUUGCUGCAUCAGUUAUUGAACAGGAAGUAACCUGCUUAUAUUAAAUAUUUACUUUAAGGAAGUAUGAAAUCUAUGGGCAUACGUAUGCAUAAUGUGUAUUUAUGUGCAGUAGUUCACAGUCAGUGAUACUUGUGAAUUCAAUAAAUGUAUUUUAGUUAAUUUA